AUGAAAAACGAAAGAAGACGACGAUGUUUGGUGACUUAAAAUAAUGUUUACAGUUUCAGAAAGAUUUCUUACAGUAUCAAAAUCAGUUUAACAAAAACCUGUUUACACUAUCAAAAACUUUGUUUACAAUACCAAGGUUAUCAUGGGAAAUCCAAAAACCACAAGUUACAUAAAGUUAAAACAAAUAAGCUUAAAACUCUCAUUACGGCUUCAACAGAAGUUACAGUAUACUUCUCAAAAGGGAAAUCACGAAACUACAGUACGCUUUUCAGAACCUCAAAACUCUUCAAAACGGCUCCAAACCUCAGGCAUCGAAGAAGCCUCCGACGCCGGCUACAAGCGCGUCUUCCACGAAAUCACACACGAAGCGGUCACAGAUCCUCCCACCGACCGGUAAAGUCAACUCGAUUGAUCAGAAGAAUGUAGUCAAGAGGAACACGACCCCAGCCACCAUCCCCAAACGAAGUUCAGCGUCGAUUCGAGGCCAAGGUUUUGAGCCUCGAGCUGCGACAAGUGGAAAGGAACGCUCCACCUCUAAGCCUACAGUAAGCAUGGUACUGAGCAACAACAGCGAGAGUUACAAUGUAAGAAUAUUCAGGUUUGAGUGACGUUACAGUAGUUAAAAAGACGAAACUAUUUGCAUAAUAAGAAAAAACUGAAAGCGAAAAGAUAAAGAAAAGGAUAUUCUACAAGAUUUAUUGAGGUUUGAUAACGGAUGCUUGUAGGUACAGAGACAAAAAUAGGUACGAAAAGCCAAUUUAUGAGUGGUAAAAAGAGAAAUUAACUUACUAUUCUGGCUGAACAACAGCUUCAGAGCUUUUCGAAACAUCAUAUACUACGGGCAAAAGGCAUGGUUAGUACGUGUACAAUAAGUUUCACCGAAGGAAAGACAAAACAGUGUCGGGCCAAGUGUUUCUCUGUUUCCUAAUUUGUUUACCAAUUAUUUUUCAUAAACAAUGCAACACUUGGCCCAAUUACACAAAUUUUUCAAAAUUUUAGGAAAAAAAUAAAAUAGGAUCAAACCUGUGUACGAACGGGAAGUUUGUAACAUUCCCUUGUAAGAUUACAAUGUUUUUUUUAUUUUAAAAUUAAAAUUUCAGAUGUGGCUACAAAGGCAUCUGGAGAAAGAACGGCAGAAGAAGUUGGAAGAGAAGGAAAAGCAAAAGGAGGAAGAAGAGGCAAGUAAUUGAAUUGUUUUUAGCUUAAAAUUUCAUACAAAAAAUACCGUAUAGUCGCCUCUAUUUGAAGAGAUACCGUUCACUAUCAGAUGGAACAAAACAUGACUGUAACAAAAAUGAAAGUAAAUGUGACUAGCAAAAACAGCUACCUUAACUUACUGUACACUAUCAAAACAAUAUCAAGUGUAAAGUAAUCCAAUAUCGAUGAUAUAUAGCUCUCAAAAUGAUCCCAAAACAUUGUGUAACAUGUUGUUUCAAGUUUUUGUCAUAACCUAAUGUUCGCACGUUUUAAUUUACUAUUCCCAUCUUACACACAAUGUGAAUGUCUGCGACAUUGCUCAGUUGAACCCCCACGAAACAAUUCUCUGAUCAAAGACAAUCCCCCACCCAUCAAACCCCAUUUAUAACAUCAUCGAGGCGCGCGGCGUGCUGUAACACCGAUCCCAUUUUUCGAAAAAAAAACGUAAUGGAAAAUUUUGAAAUAUGUUACACACCGCCGCCCCGUGCAUGUACGUAUCUUCACGACAGUUGUUAAUUUCAGCGCAAAAAGGAGCAGAUGGAGAAUGCGGAAAGGGCGUUCCGUCAAUGGCAAGAAGAGAAUCAGCGACGAUUCCUCAGCCAAAAACAACGCAGAGAGCGCGAGGAACGAGAGAGUGCAGACAAGAAAGAGCAGGAAAAGUUGGAACGGCGACGCAACGCCGAGAAGGUACGGUAGCUUCUGUAGUCAAAACAAUUGACAAAUAGCUUCUGUAGCCAUAAAAUUAAAGUGAUUCUUAUAGGCAAUACUUUAAUUGACUUUGUAGUGAAAGCCUCAACAGCAUUCUGUAGCUAUAAUCAAGAUUAAUACGAUCCCUUUCCUAAACUAUACCAAGUUAUUGUGAUAUAUUUUCUGUUUCUAUGACCUCUGUUCUAAACUAUACCAAAAUGGUUGUCUUAUACCUUGUACAUGAUUAGACAAAAUAAAAACUAUAAAAAGUACGGUAAUAUACGCUGUACGGAUAUGUUUUUAAACUUAAGAGUUCAUCUUGUUAACUUUGUAUAAACAAUGACUUACAAACUCAGAAAUUAACUUAUUUGAAGAUCAAUGCUUAACUAGAUAGCUUCCUGGUAUUAUGAUUGUUCGAACUGUCUAUAGUUAAUUUGUUUACAGAAGCUGAACCGAUCUCUAUCUAGUAGGUCAAGUUAAGGUAUGUUUUUUACGUAUUGUACGGUUCACAGAGUCUACAACCAGUUCCAACACUAAUAUCUAUUUAGCAAUGCUUGUUAUUACCUAAAAUAUAUUAAAGGACCAGUUCGCCCAUUCAAAUAUCAUUGGCAUUCUGUCGCAAAAAUUCGACGUUCAUUUUUUUUCGCAAAAACCUGAGCAGGUCGGUCCCAAAUUGGAAAAUUCAUUUCGACACCGACCCACUCACGUUUUUUGAGAAAAAUGAUUUUGAUUGAAAUUGCCUGAUUUUCGACGCUUUUUGCGACAGAAUGCCAAUGAUAUUUGAAUGGGCGAACUGGUCCUUUAAGACUUAUUAUUUCAUUUUCGUUCCAUUGACAUAAUAAUACCUAGAAUGUCUAAAGUUCAUCGUAAAAAGAGUUAAUAUCAUCAACCAGGGACGUCGUUUGGGGGAGGGGGAGGGGUACCCCCUCCCCCAGAGCCGAUCCGAAAAAAAUUGCACAGGUAGGUACCUGUACGCGAAAAAACGAAAAAAAUUUUUUUUGAAAAAUCGGUCCACAGGAACCUGUGGAAGAAAAAUUUUUUUUCGACCUCCCCCUCCUUCAGAGAAAAUCCGUAGCGACGUCCCUGUCAUCAGCAACAAUGUAACCAUUUACUUUUAGACCUUUGAAACGUGGAAGAAGCGACAAGAAGAAAAGUUGAGGGAAGAGAGAAUCAGACGCCGCCAAGAGGAACGACAUCGUGUUCACAGUGCACAAGAAGAGAAGCGGCGUCAGAAGGCCGAGAACCAGAAAGUGUACCAGAAAUGGGUGGAACAGUCGCUACAACGACAACGUGAGAUAAGACAGAUGAAUCUGGAGAGAGAGCUAGCGUUGAGGAAACAAGAAGACGAAGAGAAGGCUUUCAAAGAAGGACUGGCUUCAGAAGCCUAUCAUCUGUGGCUGGAAAUGAAGGUAGGUUUAGUGAGGGUUUUGAACGUUUUGUAAGAAGAAGAAUAGAGCGAUUUCAUAGGUUUAUUGAUUUAGAAUAGAAUGUCAAUUUUAAAAUUUAAAUUUUGCAAAUUUCAUUCCAUUUUUAAACUGAAAGCUGUAAAUUACAGUACACGUACUCUGUCAUACUUUAUUUUUUCGCAUUAUGAACACCUUAAAACAUAACAAAGAUAAGCCUUGAGGUCUAAAGAAAAUGAAUCACUUAAGUUUGAACAAGUUUACACUGUUUUCCUUGAACACUGUCUGAUUUGUUUAUAUAGAUACGUAUAAGUGCACACCUCAACGUAUACGAACAAGCUGUUCUCUGGUAACGGGAUUACUGUAGAGCGAACUAUCAAAUUUGCCCAACUCAAAGUUUGCUUUCUAGUCAGAAAAGUAAAGGUUUCAGCUCCAGUAUAAUAUAACUCUUACCAAAAAUUGAAUUAUAGGUUUAUAAAUAAUAGAAAAAUGGUACCUUAUGUAACUUCAGCUUAUAAGGAUUGUUCUACAAACUUUUUGCCCAAUUUAAGAGAAAAUAACUUAUAAAAAAUUACUUUAUCCCAAAUUACUACGGUGACCUUAAGUUUCUGAAAUGAACGUAUUGGUGUAAAAUAACCGUUUCCACCAGAAAGUUGUAGUAUAUAGUCUCUGCCAGAAUGUGUAAUACAGACAAAAGUUUUAACAUUCGCGAGAAACGUGAAGAACAUGCUGGUUCCUCUAAUGCGAAACAUAUACGUUGUGGUAGUCGAAAAGGUCAGCGAGUUAAGCAAAUCAAAGUUAAGAAUGUUAAUUACCACCAAUUUCAUAUCACUGUGUGUGACGCAGGGUACAGUAAGACAAGUGAAAGUUACACUUUAGAUGGGUUUUGGAAAUGUAGUCUGAAAACUACUGGUUGAACUAAAACUAUACUAAACUACUACAAUGUAAACCUUACGAUUUAUUACCUAAAUUCAUGAUUUUUAAGUGUUAAGCAUACAUUCAAAAAGAUAAUACAAUAUUGAUAAGAACCAGUAAAUACUGUAAACUGGCGAGAAUGUUGCCAUUUCCCACGCGCCCUUAAUAUGUUCCUCUUACUCAUUGAUUGACAGUUUCGGUUAUUAGACACACAAAACAUAAUUUGUACGUAUCUGAAAGUAAAACACAGUUGUGCCGAUAUCUUGCCGCGAGAUCGAGUGUGUUUCCUUUACUUUUGUCAAAGUAACUUGAUUGACUCAACUACAGUAAUCUCUAUUUAUAGAGUAGAGUAUAAAGUUCACUUUUCACAUUAGUGUAAAGAUAGGUAGAUUGAUGGCUGUCUAUGAAGAUCAGUUCGAGAGUUUGAUAAGAUUUUGGAUCUUUUUGGCUUAAAAUGGCUCUUGAAUCACUUCUACUAUUUCAAACGGAUCUUUUCACAAAAUUUGAGUGAAAUUUGACAGAAAAUAAAACAUUCAAGAAAAUUAAAAUGACUGUUUCAGAAGAAGGAAAAAGCCUUCUCAGAAUCUCUGGCGUACAAGAUUCUUGACUUUGAACACGAAUCCAAGAAGCGAUGGCCAACACCGUGGAUUCCUACUGGAAAUACAGUACCCCGCCGUUUCGUCGGCACAGGAAAUCGGCGAAGAACGCUGGAGAAGCCACUGAGUAUCGUACAACAACGUGCAAAGUCUGUUUACUAA